AUGCACUAUUGCAAACAAACGCCGGCAUCGAGCAACGAUGCCUAUAAGUGCUCCAUCGAUAGUAGCAGCAGCAACAUGGUAGGUGGUGUGGAUGUGGGAGGCGUUUCGCCACGCAGAUUCCCACCACUAAGCGCGCCCUCGCCCCACACCAGCAGAUCGUCACGAGCGGAUCCGCUGCCGGGCGACUCAACGCAUUCCGUUUUUCUGUCGCUGCCGCUGAUGCCACCGCGGUACAUGUCACCGGUGGCGCUCUCGCACAUCUCUUCUAGUCGCAGUGGCACGGCCUCGCCGUCGACGCGGGCACCACCGCCGCUUCCCAUCACACCGGAUAGAGCCUCGCGGCGGAAGGAGAAAGAACAACAACAACAACAACAACAACAGCCGCAGCCGCAGCAACCACAGAAGGAGAUGAAGAUGUCGUUCAAGCAGCGGCUACGGCUUGGCGAGCAGAAGGAGAAGCAGCAACAACAGCAGCCGCAGCAAGAACGAAAUGGACAAGGUGCCUUGCUAAAGGAGAUGUCCCCUGGGCCGGUAUCACCGUGUGUUGCGUUCAGGCGCAAUCGCUUUGUGCAAGGGACCAUCAGCUUCAACCAUUCUGUCACCAAUCACAGCAAUAGCAAUACCACCUUCAGCGGCACUGGCACCAUCAGGGUGGAGGGCGGCAUGCCAGUCAGUGAUUUCGCAGACACAACACGCCGGACGUCCUCGCCGUCACCCAAGAUUCCGAAAUACGUAUCUUCACCGAUACAGCGCCAGGCGACCUCUACACCGCCUAUGGGAACGGCGACAAAAUCUAGACCCUCCUUCAAGGAACGGCAGCGGUCAAGCAUGAAUCAGCCAGCACCCUAUCACAUGAAUCCACUUACGCGGAUGCGCGCCUCCACCACUUCGCCGGCCAUGACUACUGACCGUAGUUGGCCGCAGCCUCCCCCGCGAAGCGUGGUUUCCCAAAUAGAAUCUGCGCGCAGCCCCAGUGCCGGCCUGGCGGAGCAGCAGCAGCAGCAACAACUUGCCCGUAGCACGCCAACACUGAACAUUCUGAAUACCUCCUUCAACAGCACGUGGCCGCCAUCCAUCUCCAGCAGUUCCAUGGAGUCAUCGCUUACAGGGGAGAGAAGUGCGCACACACGACAGCGCGUCUUCCGUCAGGGGCAGGCGCAGCGUUCUGCGGCCGCCGGCAGCACCAAGAGCCCCGCAGGUGGUUCCAGAGUUCAUCUUAGCAGGACCCGACAAAAAAUGCAAGGCAGCCGCAACAGCUCAAGCGCCUCGUUGGACGAGUGUGGGAAGGCGGAGAAGAAGCCCACACUGUCGACGCAUACGCACGGUUCUGGGACCGGGUCGCAGACGGAAAGAGCCCCACAAAAGCAGCAGCACGAGAGAAAACAAAGACAAUGUACACCGCCGUGGAAGCCGUACACGCCAUCGUUAUCAACGUUCCUUGUCGGAGGGGCGCCGCGGCACCAACACAACAAGGGCGACGCCGUCUCCCCGAGCCGCGAGCAUCAGGAGCGCCCCAACCCACUUUCACCACCAGCACCGUGCAACACGACGUGCGAGCCGUGCAGCGGUGACAAUGACGGCGGUGAAGGCGGUGGCAGCAGCAAUAGUUACACCCAGGUGAGAGAAGAGGACAUCGGCCUCCCGCGCUUCGUGACACAGCACACCGGCUCACGCACAGCCUGUACCGCAGGGCACCUUCCCGGUGUGGUUUGUAGCCGUUGUACCAAGAAGAAUAGUGAGCGGCGUGAGCGCGAUAAGAUGCUGAAGCGGCCCACACCCUUAACACCAUGGUCACCCACCCCGCUGGCGUGCGAUGCCGCCUUGCCGAUGACGCAGACAACACCCACAACCACAACCACAACGAGUGUCAUGGACAGCUUUGCGCAGAUGAUACAGCGCAUAGAUGAAGGCUCCAAAACAGCAACUCCUGUGUCACAGGUGCACUGUAUGGAGUCCUCACUGGGCCGCACACAGCCUGGCGAGAUGAGCUCCACCACGUUUGCUGCAACGCAUGAGAAUCGACGCAAGAGUAGUUUCUCGAGCCUUUACUUCUCUAUGAUGAAGCGGCAUAAUAUUCAGCGGCUGGUACCCGUCACAAACCUCACAUGCCAAGGACAUCUCGACGAGGACACCACGCGUGAGAUGCGCGGGGAUAGUGUACCCAACGACAUUUUCAGUGACAGCGACGACUAUCUCGCUUCCUCGCUGCGCACGAUUGGAGUGGUGGAGACGGAGGAGCACGUGUUUCUGCCACGCUACGAGCUGCUCGAGGAUGGGCGGACGGCGAUGGAGGUUAUGUUGAGUAGUAUUUGCGCCGUGCACGGUGAAGUAGGCUCCUUUGGCGACGACAGCAACAACAGCGAUACCGGCACUUGUGCUGCUACAACGGCGGCGACGCAUAGUGGUACAGUCAAACGCAUAGCGGAGGCUGGACAGACCAACAACGAGAGCGACGACACCUUCACAUUCGGCAGCAUUUCACCAGCGUACCCGACGGACCCGGCGGACGAGGAUCCGACGAUUGACUGCAAAGUUGCCGCGCGCCUCCUCUUCGACGUAGAGGGGGUCGUCGUGCUUGUCUCCGCCAGCGAGGAGGUAAGGAAGUAUAUCAGCCCGCCGACGACCAGCAGCAGCGGCAACCAAACCAAUAACAACAACAGCAACCUGGCGGAUGACGGUGGGGAUCAUUCGCUGUGUUCGUGCAGCCGGGAUUUCAUCACGAAGGAUGUACGCGGGGUCGACUACAGCAGGUAUCAUGCGCACCAGCUCUACCACCACUGCAUGUACUGCAACCGCCGCCCCGCUGCUUUCCUCUGCCUGCACUGCCUCAAGUCGACGUGCCCGUCGCACGUUACACAGCACUACAGGUCGUGUGAAGCGGAGUGCACGCUGUUUCUCAACCUGCUCGACAUCAUGACGAGCUUUGACCGCAUAUUCUGGUGUGAGAAAUGCAGUUGCUUCACGUGGAGGCACACAGAGGUGUACGACCCGCUGGUGGAUCAGCUCGCCCUCACGCGCGGGACAUACCUGAACGAAGCGGUGCGCAAUAUCUCGUGCGUCGGCUACGACGUGCAACUGAAGAAGCCACAGCCGCGCUUCUACGCUUCAAGCCAGCAGGCCUCGCCGCCGCGGGAUCACGUGAGUCUCAGUUUAACCGCCAGCCCUAUUGGGCAGAUGUUAUCAGCUCAGUCUGUCGCUCUCUCGCCGGUGAACCUGCCUCUCAACUCCAUGCGUGAGCGCGGAAAUAAUAGUGUGAGUGAUCAAGGAAGUCCAACCGGCGGUUGCAGCGGGUCCCCCAUGGCACACGCACUGCAGCGUGACGUUGUGAGCCUGAUGCAGGAGAGCGAGGUGGUGCGGGUCGGCGAGGCGGUGCCAAAGUUGGUCUCGCUCGGAGCGAAGGUGCAGGGCUGGCGCUCCACGCAGGAGGACGCCGAGGCCGCCUUCGUUAUCAACAUACCCGCACUUUCCACAGCAGUGCCACUAACAGAAGCAGGCUUGGGAGGAGGAGGAGGAGGAGGCAAAGGAGGAGUGGCGGACGAGGGUGCGCAGCCAGAGACAAUCGCAAUGGCGGUGUUUUGCGUGUUUGAUGGCCACGGCGGGGACGCGGUGGCGAAACUCGCCGCCUGCCGCUUCGAGGCACACCUCCGCAAGGCGGUCGCAUCCGCGCGGCACGACGACGUACGGGCCCGCGCACUACUCUUCCACCUCGACGUAGAGUCCUCAGCGCCGAGGGCGACCCGAGACGGUGCUGGAAACUACCCAUGCAGUCAAGAAGAUGGCCACAACAACAACAACAACAACAACAACAACAACAACAACAAUACAAACGAUGAGGGUGAUAGUAGCGUGCUGGAGAACGGCAUCACCACCGAGGCGCUGCUGCGCCACAUAGAGAGCAGCGCCAAAUUCGCCACGAGCUCCACCCAACCCACCCUCCUGGCAACGGCAGCAGCACCACCUAUUACUCUUGCCGCUGCUGUGGAGAGGGACGUGAGCCCGAUGCAUGUGGCCUCUCUACAGGGCGCUGGUGUGGCGUGCAGCAACUCCCAUGCACCACCCUCCACUACUUCCGGCUGCCGAGCGCGCGGCAACGCCUCACCGAUCGUGUCGCGGCAGGAAAUGGAGAUGCUACGGGUUUACUUCGCCAGCAUCAUGGAGGACGCGCUGCUCUCACUUGACGACGACCUGCGCUUCUCACUGGAGGGACUGCGCGGCGACUACCACAGCACCGGGUGCACCGCCUGCGUCGUCGGCAUCACGACGAACUUCAUCCUAUGCGCCAACGUCGGUGACAGCGGCGCCGCCUUUUACACGCCGCAGAGCAUCCGCCGCAUCAGCACCACGCACCGCAUCAGUGACCCGGCGGAGGAGGCCCGUAUCCGCGCCGCCGGCUACGCGAUCAGCGCACAGCGCAUUGAGGGGCUUCUGGCGGUGCCGCGCGCCCUCGGCGACUACGACUUUAAGCAGUGCGGCGGCAAGGGACCGCGCGAACAGGCUGUCAUUGCGGUGCCGGAUGUCACCAUCAUGCCGGUGCCGUCGUCGGAUGAGACGGCGCGCUGGGGCGUUAUUGCGGCCUGUGACGGCGUGUGGGAUAGCGCGACGCUGCAUCAGAUCCACCACGCGAUCGUCAACACACCGAACGACCUGGAUGUAGCGGCCUCCGCCACGGAGGCGGUGCUGCGCGCGAAGGAGAUGGAGGCUGAGCUGCACCACAGGACCGCGGUAGAGUCGGAAACAACACCAACAGUAGACACCGCGUCGGUGGAUGCGCUGCUGCUCACCUCGGCGGCUGGUGUCUUUGCGCAAUGCGUGGCGCCGAGCGACAACGAUGAGGGAAUCGGCAUGGAUAACUGCAGUGUAUUCUUGAUUGAACGGCGCUGA